AUGCAGACUGCUUCUACAAACAUUUGUGAAAGACUGUGCAAUAAGUCCAUAUGUGAAAUUUCCUUGCUACUAAAUAUUCCACGGUCAACUGUUAGUGGUAUUAUAACAAAGUGGAAGCAACUGGGAACAACAGCAACUCAGCCACCAAGUGAUAGGCCACAUAAAAUGACAGAGCGGGGUCAGCGCAUGCUGAAGCACACAGUGCGCAGAAGUAGCCAACUGUCUGCAGAUUUAAUAGCUAAAGACCUCCAAACUCUGUGUGGCCUUCAGAUGAGCAAAACAACAGUGCGUAGAGAGCUUCAUGGAAUGGGUUUCCAUGGCUGAGCAGCUGCAUCCAAGCCUUACAACACCAAGUGCAAUGCAAAGCAUCGGAUGCAGUGGUGUAAAGCACGCCACCACUGGACUCUAG